AACCUUACAAGAACACCCUCACUCAAGUGUCAAGUCAUCUCUCUCUCUCCUCUCAUCAAUGGCGUUCCUUCCAAAGCAACUCUCCGUCCUCCUCUUCUCUCUCUGCCUCUUCCGCCUCUCUCCCGCACAAGAUCUCGUCGGUCUAUCCAUUCCCUUAACCGCGCUCACGGAUGCCCACGACGUCCUCGCUCAGUACGGCCUUCCGAAGGGUCUCCUACCCGACGUCGUCGAAUCCUACGAUAUCGCCGACGACGGCUCCUUCACCGUCGACCUCUCCACCACCUGCUACGUUCAGUUCUCCAACCUCGUCUACUACGAUAAGACCAUCACCGGGAAGCUCAGUUCCGGCAAGAUCUACGAUAUAACCGGGAUUCAAGUCAAAAAGGCGUUCAUUUGGCUCUCCGUGACCGGAAUUGACAUCGUCGCUGACUCCGGCGAGCUCAAUUUCCACGUAGGGUUUCUCUCCGAGACCUUGCCUGCUUCCCAAUUUCAGACCAUACACUCUUGCAAAUCGCACCUCUCUUCGAGUUCAGGUGAGAGCCGAGUUCAGAUCGCUUGAACGAUGAAACCGAUGCUUUUUCUGCACAAGAGAAAGAACUUUGGACGUGUUGAAUUUCCACAAGCAAAUCUUUCGAAACGGAUCGGACGACCCAGAUUUGUGUGCAUCUGUGUAAUCCAAUAAUACUCCGUGUUAUCAGCUUCUGUCAAUGCAUAUAAUUAAAUAAACUUGUUUGCAAUUAGAGUUUU